GGCAAGGAAUGCUGUGAAAGUUCAGUAACAGAUUUUUAAAGGGAGGGACAGACACCCAACUGGCAGACCUCAAAUCCCUGGGACAGAUGGAAAAUAGUGCUAUGAAUACAAAAGGGACACUCCUGAGAACUCUUCCGCAUUCAAGCUUGAAUUCUUUCCUGCAUGCAGGUCAAUCCAGAAAGCAAAAGAAGCGCAAAAAAGUAACCUGUUGGAAGAGCCAAAGCAUUCAACACUGGUAGCAGAAACAACCUUGCAUGUAGAAAUAUAUGAAAACGGAAAUACAAAUAAAACCAGGGAGAGGAUUGACCAGUGGGGAAGAACAAGUGGAAACCAGCAGCACCACUGACUGUUCUGGUUUCACUUCUCAAACCAGGCAUCCAACCUACCUGUGCGUUCUUCUGGCCGUGAACUACAACUCCCAGAAUGCAUUGCAAGCCUUAACAAACAUAAAUGACAAACAACUGGCUCCUUUUAACCAGUGCAAAGUGUGGAGGAUGGAAGCAUUUAAGUCUUUGCCUGUGCUUUUGUAUAGGUUCCCCAUCUCCAGUCUUGGAUGUGCUGCUUUUCCUUCCCUGAGGCUGGAUGCUGGUGGUUCUCUCUUCCUGUUUCCAGUGGGAAUUUGUAUGAAGAGCCUCAACACAGAAACCUGGACCCCUGUCAUUUAUCCUGGGGCUGACUGUAGUCUACAGCUCGGUUUUUGAGGGUACAAAUGGAGAACCAAAACCCCACAGGCACCCCAAGAGAGGAAAGGUCAGAAGAAACAGGUGAUGGCCCUCAUGACUUUCAGGGGACUGCACUCUGCAAUGAUCCUGAAGCACUCUUGGCUACUUCCAAGCAAGACACCAGAGCCCAGCCAUCAACAAAAAAGAGGGUUUUGAGGUACCUUACUAGGCUUCUCAGAACAGAGAGAAGAUAUAGAUGCUCAGUGUGUGACAAAACCUUCAGGAGGUGCCCACAGCUUACUAGACAUCUAAGAACCCACACAGGAGAGACACUCUAUAGGUGUUCUGUGUGUGGAAAGGCCUUCAGGCGGCACCUAAAGCUUACUAUACACAAAAGAACCCAUAAAGGAGUGAAACCAUAUAAAUGCUUGGAGUGUGGAAAGAGAUUUCCCCAUAUUGAAAACCUUAUUGCCCAUUCAGGAACCCACACAGGGGAGAAGCCAUAUUCAUGUGCACAGUGUGGAAAAGGUUUUGCGUAUAAAAUUGAUCUUAUUAGACAUCAAAGAAUCCACACAGGGGAGAAACCAUUUUCAUGUUUGCAGUGUGGGAAAAGCUUCACUCAGAAAAUUAAUCUUACUACACAUCAAAGAACCCACACAGGGGAGAAACCAUAUUCAUGCGCACAGUGUGGAAAAGAUUUUGCGUAUAAAAUUGAUCUUACUAGACAUCAAAGAAUCCACACAGGGGAGAAACCAUUUUCAUGUUUGCAGUGUGGAAACAGCUUUGCUCAGAAAAAGAAUCUUAUUAUACAUGAACGAACCCACACAGGGGAAAAACCAUAUUCAUGCUCACAGUGUCAAAAAAGCUUUGCUCAGAAAACUGAUCUUACUAGACAUGAAAGAACUCACACAGGAGAAAAGCCCUACACAUGCUCACACUGUGGGAAAAGCUUUGCUCUGAAACAACAUCUUACUGGACAUCAAAUGACCCAUGAAAUGAAGAAACGAAGAACCUCAGCACACCAAUCUGGACUACUCUCAUUUAUUCUUGGGCUGCCUAUUGUCUGUAGCUAUGCUGGUGACAUUAACAUGGAGGACCAAAUAUCAACAGGCCCCCCAAUAGCCCAACGAUCUAAGAAAGGAAGGCUUGUGAGGUACCUUACUAGACAGCAAACACUUCACAGAGAACAUAUCACAUAUCAAUGCUCAGUCUGUAGCAAAACCUUCAGGAGGAAUUCACAACUCACUAAACAUCAAAUAACUCACAGAGAAGAGAAACUAUAUCUGUGUUUCAUGUGUGGAAAGACCUUCAGGCAGUGCCAAGAACUUACUCGACAUGAAAGAACCCACAAAGGAGAGAAGCCAUAUACAUGCUUGCAGUGUGGGAAGAGCUUUUCUUCUAUCAAAAACCUGACUGCCCAUUCAAGAAUCCACACAGGGGAAAAGCCGUACACGUGUUUGCAGUGUGGGAAAAGCUUCACUCAGAAACAGCAUCUUAAUAGACAUCAAAGAACCCACACAGGGGAGAAACCAUAUUCAUGCUCGCAGUGUGGAAAAAGCUUUGCUGACAAUUCUGAUCUUACUAAACAUGAAAGAACCCACACAGGGGAGAAACCAUAUUUAUGCUCGCAGUGUGGAAAAAGCUUUGCUCAGAAAUCUGAUCUUACUACACAUGAAAGAACCCACACAGGGGAGAAACCAUAUUUAUGCUCGCAGUGUGGAAAAAGCUUUGCUCACAAAUCUCAUCUUACUGGACAUGAAAGAAUCCACACAAGGGAGAAAUUGUCCUGCCCACUGUGCGGAAAAAGCUUCACUCGGAAACCGCAGUUUACUAGACAUCAAAGAACUCAUAAAGUGAAGACACCAUAGAUAUGCUUGGAGGGUGGAGAGAGUUUCUAUCAUUAAUUAACUCUUCAUGCACAUGAAAGAAGUCACAGAAGGGAGACAUUGUACAAAUGCCUGCAUCCUAGUGAGAGCUUUGACAAUGAAUCAAGUCUAAACGACCAUGAGAAAAUACACAAAGAAGAGCAAACCUGACUACUUGGAGUUUGGAAAGAGCUUCUGUCACAACACAUGCUACUUUUUGCUUCAAGCAGUCAACACAGGCAAAAUUUCAGUCUUUUUGUCACCAUGUAAUUAUGACUAUGGGUGUUCUCCACUUCUUAGCCGUGGGAGCUUCAUGGUCUCAAGCACAUUUAAGGGGCUGCACAGUGAGGAACUCCAUGGUGAUUUUAAUUGUGGUUUUAAAAAAAUUGUAUAUUGAACUGGGUUCAAUGUUUUUAAAUGCUUUGAUUAAAAAAGGAAGAGAAAUCUGAUCAGAAGCUUUUUACAUUGAUGGCAUUGCAAGCUGGCAUUGCAGCUAUCAUCUUUUGAGGCAUCCGAGCAUUCAGCUGCAGUCGAACAGAAACGUUUGCUGCUUUUUAGCUGUUUUUUAAUCUCAGUAUUGGAAUGUUUUUACUGUGCUUACUAAUAAAGUCACAUUAUUUUACCCA